AUGAACAUGUUGCUCGUUUUCCUUCUAAUUUCCCAAGUUUUCUCAACACUUAUCUAUAAACGUGAAGUUCCUUUCGAUUUCUUGGCCACUCGAACUCGUCCAGUCACACAAUUCUAUGAAUUCAGUGGAUUUUUCGGACCUACAAUCCAAGCAGCCUAUGAUAAAUAUUGCGCAGGUCCAAAACUUCGCUGCUAUUUUCCAAUCGCUAAACAAAAUGAUAUCCUGGUAUACACUAUGCUAACCGAAACCCCAAAUUACAAUUGCUCAUCUUAUCCAUAUUGCAUAGGCUUCAAUCAAAGUCAAUAUCUAAACUAUAGUAUAGUCUUCAGUGACACCGAUGUUUUACCCGAAGAUUUUAUUUUGCCAAAUUGCACCACCUCACAGUUCUCGUUUACGAGACCAAACGGGCUCAAUUGGUGCUUUAAUAUAACUCGAGUUGAGCUAACUCACAAAAAAGCUGAAAUACAGUGCAGUUCACAGAAUGCUUCUUUGAAUGGUUUUCAGACUAUAGAAGAGCAGGAGUAUUUUAUAGAAAAAUACGUGGAGGUCAAUGUUGAUCCGCAGAAUUUGGUGCAUUUGAAUGCGGUGCGGAUAUGUUAUGGUGAGACCCGGUGCAAUGAUACGGAUGGGAUUUUAAGAGAGGUAAGUGUAGAUGGCUAGGCCCCGUCAUAACCCAAAAAAUCAAUAACUUCAGCUCUCCUGGACCUCUGCCAUCGUUUCAACAAAUCAAACUUUGGCCAAUAAUCGUCCCAGUUAUCUAUUGGACGGAAGCGGGAAUUACCUCCUGAUGACUAUUAUUAAUGGCGAAUAUUUGUAUGAUGAUACCGGGUGAGUUAGGUUAAGUUUUGACGCGAGAAAACGAUUUUUUUGCAGUGACAAAACAACUGGGUUUUAUAGUUGUGGAUGGUAUGCGAAGUGA